AGGGUUUCCCUAUGAGGUGACUCAUCAAAGUGUUGUUUUUCGCCAAGAACACAUGUUUCAGAUGAACCCGCGGUCAAAAUUCUAAAAUUGUUAUACUAAAACAAGUGUUGAUUUUCUUAACUCGUUCUAAAAUACUUAUAAUUCUAUCGUUUCGUUCAGCAGCUGUCGUUGGCUUGUUUACAAAGUUUGGACUCUCGCUAUCGAAGUUGAUAUUGGGUGAUAAAUAAAAGCGAAUAAUUCGCCAACAUGAAAUUGGAGAUUUGUGAUAGUGCUUCGAAUCAUUCUGAUUUUUCAAAUGAUAGUCAAAAUUCACAAUUUAGCACUGCAGACUUCAUGACAUCAAUGGGAAAUGGUUCUUUGCUUCUUACUACGUCUACUGCUACGUUCAUAUCUUUGGAAGGCCUGAACUCAGGGGUACCCACCCGCACCACGCCAACUUUAACUCCUACAACCCUAAGGAAUAUAGAGCAAACCUUCCUUGAAUUGCAAACUAAGCCUGAAACCCACGAGAACGAAGCCGGUUUUGUUCCGCCAAUGGUUCAAUCUAUAGGGAAUAACCAGUAUGUCUCGGUGAACGAAAUCGACAUAUAUUCAAAUAACAGAUCACCAAAUUUGUGGCACAGCUCGUUGUCUCAAUCAAGCUCAGAUUCAAAUACAAGAUCAACACCGCCCUUAGUUAUCCAGACGGUAACACAGACCAGCAAUCUGUCAGGAGGGUCAAGAAGAAACAUGGGGGGAAGGAAACCCACAAAAGAUAUCUCUCUCAGUCCUGAAGAUGAGGAAAGGAGGAAGAUAAGACGGGAAAGAAAUAAAGCUGCAGCGGCAAGAUGCAGGAAACGUCGAGUGGACCAUACAAAUCAACUUAUUGCAGAAACAGAAAAGCUACAGGCUAAGAAAGCAGAGCUCCAGAAAGAAAUUGAGGAAUUUUCAGCAAUGCGACACAAUUUGGAAUAUAUACUUGAAAACCAUCAGAACUCCAGAAAUUGUUGUAUGGAUAGAAGAUCAUGUAGCCCACACGAAAAUAAACCACACCACCCGGCACAUUACUACCCACCCCAACAUCAAAAUCAAGAACGAAUCAAGAUAGAAGUCAUCGAUCAACUACCUCCUGUUCCAAUUCCAUUGGACAACAACAUAUUCUCAAUACCUACCCCUGCCAAACAAAGAUGUCCCCUUCCCCUUUUGAGUUCUACAGUACCAAUAUCUAAACCCAGUAGACCAAAUUCACUGAAUGUUGCCUCUACAGCACCUAAGACUCACAUGGAUGAGAUAGUAGGAGUAUCGAUAACAACUCCAUCUAAUGGAAUGCAAUUCAAUUUCGAUUCACUUAUGGUUGGAGGUACUGGGCUUACACCAGUUUCUGGUCCAUUACCUUCCUGCAGUAUUCAACAGAGAAAUCUACCAAUUAGUAUUGCAGAUGUCACCUCUCCAGACACAUGUAAUCCACCAAAGCUUGUCAGUUUAUAAGCCAUAGUGAGAGAGAGUGAUUUUGCCAAAAUCAAUGAUUUGUAAAUAUUUGGACUAGUUUCCUAAUAUAUGAAAAAACCUUGGUUUUUCACAAACCUUUUCGCCAAAUAACUGUUUUCAAGCUGUCAGUAUGGGUACUAAGUAUUACUUAGGAUUUUCUACAAUUUGAUGAUAUUGAUGUUUUUUCGAGACCUUUACUACUAUUGAAAUUUAUUGGAAAGGUUGUUAAAAUAUUUGGAAGAUUUUGAUAUUGGAUUACAACAAUCUAUUGACUUUUUUGAUGGUUUUCUAUAUCUUGUACAUUGUGCUCUAAGUGGUUAUACCAUUUAUUUCUCGAAUGAAAACUUUCUGCAUAUUUGAUUUUGAAUAUAAUCUUGAAUGAUACAGACGAAGCCAUUUUUGAUGAGUGCUCACGUAAAUUGACAGUGGUGUCUACUUUACCAAAAUAGCCAUGUUUAGUAAUUAACGAAACCAAAAAUAUUUAUUUUGUUCCAAUGAACAGUGUUAUUAGUGUCAUAUUAUUUAAUAUAAUUAUAUAAUAAUGUUCAAUAAAUAUUAUGAUAGUAA